AUGGGAGAGGAAAAAAAAGACAAGAAAGAGAAGAAGGAGAAGAAAGAGAAGAAAGAAAAAGAAAAAGAUGAGGAACCUGCAGCAGAAGAGAAAAAAGAGACAGCAAGCAGUGGUGGCGGUGGUGGUGGAGGCAAAAGAGCUCAAAGAGCUACAUCAAAUGUCUUUGGAAUGUUUCCACAGAAUCAAAUACAAGAAUUCAAAGAGGCAUUUACACUUAUUGAUCAAAAUCGUGAUGGAUUCAUUGACAUUGAAGAUUUGAAGGAUAUGUAUGCUUCACUAGGUCGUACACCAAGCGAUAAGGAAUUGAAGGAAAUGUUAGAAGAAUCACCAGGUCCAUUGAAUUUCACAAUGUUUAUUAAUUUGUUUGGUGAAAAAUUAAACGGAACUGACCCUGAAGAUGCACUACGUAAUGCUUUCGCUAUGUUCGAUCCAGGGAAUAAACGAUACUUAGAAGAAGAAUAUAUCAAAGAUCUUUUACAAAAUAUGGGUGAUAAUUUUAGUGCUGAAGAGAUAAGACAAACUUGGAAGGAAGCACCAAUUAAACAAGGCAAACUAGACUACGAUCAAUUUGUAACCCUCAUCAAGAGAGGUAAUCAGGAGGAUGGAUAA